AUUUUGUUCAUUUGAACCGUCUCCCUCGAGAUAUAUUUAAGUGUGCCAAUUUUGGCAGCUGUAACUUCUGUUCUUAUGUUUUUAUUUAUCCAGGUAAAAUGUGGAGCACACAGAAAAAAACUUUCCUGCAGGCGUAUCCGACAAAGACCAUCCCGUUGGCGCAGUUGCAGUCAUACCUUCCUUACACAUGGCUGUCAGCCGUGGUCGAGACCGACCUUCAGAAGGGCACUUACACAGUUAUCACAAUGGAUGAAGACUCGCCAGAGUAUAAGGAGCUCAAAGAGCAAGUUUUGUUGAACAACUCCUACUUCAAAAAGAUUUGUAGAAUUGACCAAGUAGAGAAUCCUUACUUGUUCUUGAUGUACUUACUGAAACGACAUGAAAACUAUUUGGAGUUCUUUUGCAAGGAGGAGCGCUGCUUCCACGGGACUGCCGCCACCAAUGUGGAUUCUAUCAUGACCAACAACCUGAACUGGCGUUUCUUUGGCAGGAGAGUGGGUCACAUGCACGGCAAGGGCGUGUAUUUCUCCAAGAAGGCAGCGUUUGCUUCGCAGUAUGCAAGGUUCAACAACAACGAUGGCUGUUUGCUAGUGGCCAAAGUGCUGGUUGCCUCCGUUGCACAAGGAAACAGCGCAACUGUGUUACCUGCCCAAAACUACGACACGACUGGCUCUGGCGACGAAAUUUUGGUGAAGUAUGGGGACAAUGAGUUUUACCCUGAAUUUGUGGUGUACUUUUGAACCGGUCAAAGUCUGAUGCUUACAAAUAUUACCGUGAAAUUUUGAUGUUCCUAUGGUGACAAAUUUAUCAUUACAACAAUUUUCAAAGACUCUUAAAUUUUCAAGACUGACAUAUUACAAUAAAGAUCGAGACUUUCAAUAAUUCAUCUUUGCUUUU